UGGGUCGCUGCCAAGUACACUACGGCCGGUGCCUGCAUCGUGCUCGGCGCCCGGUACAGGCCGCUGCAGCGCUGCUUCGCGAGCCGGAGCGCCAUCGCACCCCUGGGCUCCUGGGCCCGCCGGCAGCAGCUGCGCCUCCGGGAGGCCGUCAAACCAGACUUCGGCGACGCGCACGGCGGCGUCGGGCGGCUGCGCAGCGCGCUGAACGCCGCCCGCAGCCGCUACCGGGCCGCCGGGCAGAGCGCGCUGGAGACGGCGGACCGCUGGAAGGCUGCCGGUAAGGACCGCUGGAAGGCCGCCGGCAGGCGCGCGCCGCCAAACAGGCAGAUGCUGCAGCACCAGCGCCGGGCCCUGCAGCGGCUGCAGGAGGAGCGGAGGCUGCUGCGGCAGUACGGCUGGUACGUCUGGAGCUCAGAGAAGUACUGGCAUUUCUCCGACAAGUUCCGAGCGUCCGCUGAGCGGAGCCCGAUAUGGUCGUGGCUCACCCGAGCGCUUGGGAGCAACAACCCCAAGGGCCUGGCCAUCGGUGUAGCGGAGGGCGUGAUCGUCUACAAGCUAACUUUCCCAGUCCACGGGCCACUUUUGCUGUACUUGAUCGCGCAGGGCUUCAUGAUGCGCCAGGCCGUGUAGGAGGAUCCAGUCGCGAUGUGCCCUGUGCAGGAGCAGGCCCGGGAGCACGAGAGCAGGUGUGCCUUCAGGCUCGUAGGGCAGUCGUUGGCUGUUUCACUACAUCGGCGAAGACGCAUUACAGGCAGCCGCCGCGCGAACCUUGUCAGGAGCAACCGCCUCGUGCAGGACUCCGCUUGCGCCGCGCGCGAGGGCGCGCGGUCGCACGGGUCGGUGGCAGGAUUGGAGGGCGCGACGCUGGAGAGUUGCCUUGCUGCGCUUCUGGG